AUGGAGCUAGCAGAGCAAUAUUAUAGUGUUAAGAAUUUCAAGGAGGCAUUACCCUGUGGUUUGAAGGCAUUUGAUAUGCAUGUACAAUUGGGUUCAAAUCCGCAUAUGUUGGCGAUUGUUCAGACGGUUCUAGGUCUGAUAUAUUCUGGAUUGGGGAAGCAUGCAAAGGCAUCUGAGCAACAUGAACUUGCUGUGAAGUUCUUACGUUGGGAUGGUAGUUAUGAUUCCCUUGCCGCUAAAGUUGAUGUAGCCAAAGAGCUAAUUGACGGGGGAAGACGUGUUGAGGCCAUGGCUGUUUUGCACGUUUCUGUAAAUAGUGCACAUCUUAUGAACCGUCCCGAAGCUGAAAAUGAUCUUGAGUUGCAGAAGAAAUUUGAGGAAGCUUGCGAGCUCUGGAGGAGUUGCAAGGUCAGUAGAGAUAAUCAAUUAAAUCUGGGGAGACUUAUCUAA